UCAGGUAUGUGAUCAAAGUGCUCUUCAUAUUCAAGUGUUCUGUCACUCUGCUAAAGUGGAAUAUGACGUCUUGCAAAGAAAAUGAAAAAAAAAUGGUCAAAGAAAGCUAUUUUAUCUCUAAUAGAGGCCUACAAGAAGAAUCAUGUUUAUAUGCAACAAACACACCUAAUUAUCACAAUAAAUAUGUUCGAAAUGAGGCAUUAAAGAGAGUAUGUGCCACUGUCUCAAUAUUUAGACUUGGCAUUGUAGAAAAUGAAUGCACCACAAAGUUUCACUAUUUGCGAACUCAAUUUAAUAUCGAAAAUGCAAAAGUGAAAUCGUCAAUAAAAUCUGAAACUGGUACUAACGAUAAUGAAGAACUAUUUGAGAUUGAAGGAUUUUCUGAAAUGAAUGAGGAAUAAUUGGAAGGAGAAUAGUUAGAAAAUACGUAUCCAAUGGAGAAUUGUACUGAUAAAUCCACAACCGAAUCAACUUCAAUUUUUACUAAAUCAUCAGAAGUUAUACCUAUAGACAUCAGUCAAUGAUCAGUUUUCACCAAUUAUCAGUUUUCAUUCAAAUACAUUUAUAUUUAUAACUCCUGAUAGAACAUUUUUUCCUAUAAAUAAUCCUCGUCCUCUUUCAAUUAGUUCAACAAAUUCUACCACAUCUUCAUCAAGAAUCAACAGUCGCACACCUUGUCCAUCUCCGAUACCCAAAAUCACAAAGAAACAAAUUAAAUACUGACGGCAAUUAUACUG